AUGGAGGGAGCACCAGAAAACGAGAACGCCGCUGGAGGUGCCGGGAAGGGCACAGUUGAGGGCAAUUUUACUGUACCGGUGAACCCGAGGCUACACUCUGCGAAUGGAACCCCCGUGAUGAACUCAAUCCAGGAGGAGGAGUCGCCAGAGACCGCCAAUGCGAUCUUCCAGACACCGUACCUGAACCUUGAGAAAAACAGAUCAUCCGUGUACCUGGACAUGGAACCGACACCCGGUUCGUUGAACAAGUCUGCGUUUGCAUCGCCAAAAUUGGCCCGUCCAAACUCGUCGUUCUACGGCGUUAAGGACGGGAACAGCUCGAGCUCAAGUAUCAUCUAUAACCCUUCUUUCUCCUUCGGAGGUGCCAAGGAUAACAACAACACCAGCACCGAUGCUACUGCUACUACGAAUUUGGGUGGUACUGGUAGCCCCAAGUUCAACACCACGUCUAACGAACAUGAGGCCUUCAACCAGAGACGAAGAGGGUCUACGAAGUAUAUACCUGGCGUGAGGUUGGGUCCACCAACCUCUAGAAACAGGUCUCCGGUUCGAUCGCCCUCCCCCGAUCGGACCAAGAAAUCGUCGACGAUGCUGGACUCCCCGUUCAACUUCAACACCACGUCGUUGAACCCUCAUACACCGCCGGCGUCUGCGUCGCGGGCACAGUUCAGAAAGGGCCACAGGUACAAACACUCGUCUGUCUCGAUGAACUUCUUCCAGGAACCUGAGGUCAAGAUCCCUCUCAAUAUAGCCAAAUCGCUGCCGAUCCCGGAUCUCCGCGACAUCCUGCACAACCUGUCCUGGCCCAAAGCCUACUCCCAAUUGCUGGUGGUAAGCUUGCAAGUGGCGGCCUGUUUGAUAACGUACGAGCUGGGCCAUUCGCACUCGUGGAAUGACUACCUUACGUUAUCACACUUCAUUGCAUACGAUAUCGUCGGGUCGCUCGUCAUAAUAUUUGUGGAGACGUUGAGCCAGUUUGAAGUGUGGUUCACGGGAAGUUUGACCUUCCCCUUUGGUCUGAACCGGAUAGAUGUCUUGCUGAGCUUUGCAUCAGCGGUGUCACUAUGCUUUGUUGGCCUGGAUCUGAUCUUCCAUGUCGUGGAGGAGAUAGUCGUUGUGUUUGUGGAGGCUCCCAAGAGUGAACAUCACGACAACAUUGCUGCAACGAUACCACAUUCACACUACUCGACCAAGGAUGGGGAGUCCAUAAUACAGGGCAACAAUUUGAGACUAUGGUAUACAGUAUUGGGUGUUAACGCGCUCUUGGCCGUUCUCUCACUGUCCAAGAUAUACAACGUGAAUGCCAACUGUAAGCUGAAGACGAAGAACCCGCUGGUCACGAUGGCAUACAUCCUUUACCUUGUUGUGUUCCCCUUCUUGGAAGGUGGCGCACUAUCCAACAUAUCCGACUAUCUAGCGACUCUUUUGAUUGCGACCUUCAUCAUAAUACAUGGGUACACUAUUGCAGGAUGGACUUCGACGAUCCUGCUGAAUGGGUUUUCCACGACUGAAAUGGCUGGUCUGGCUCUACUAGACUACAACAGUGAUCAAUCCCUUGCGGCACAGGACACCACCGCGGAAAUAUCCUCGAAGGAGGGAAGUCAAGCAGUAAAGGGGAAUACUAGGCCUAGGUCGUACACGCAUCUGCCCACGUCCACUGUACAGACGCGGAAGAAAAAGUCUUUGAAUCACGACCCAAGUGUGGUGAAGUCGCUGAUCAAGGACAACAUCGAGAACUUACCGGAGUUCAAACACAAAUGUGACAUGAAGAAUUCGGGUCUGCUGAUUAGCAAAAUAAGUUUCGACCUGUAUAUUGUACUGAUUAAUGUAACGCUUCGAAAUGGGUCCAACGAAGAGGAGCAACGACUCUUCUUAGCGAUCGAUAAGUGCGUCAAGCGGUACCUGCCUUACUCCGAGACCACCAUAGAGAUAGAUAGAAUAUAA